AAAGGCCCCUCCCCAGAAGGCAGCUGGGCUUUGAGAUCAUACAGCCACAUACUAUAUAAGGCCUCUCCCCACUCCUGCACCAACACAUUGACAGGUUCCAUCUUCCUCGGGAUAGUGUCCUUUGCUGGACCCAGAAGGUUUGAGGCUCUUGGCCCCAUCCCCUGGGGAAGCCAGCUCCAGCAUCAUGAGAGGCGUCUUCAUUGCUGGUAUCAUUGCGGCAUUCGCCAUCACAGUUGUAGAUUCCCUGGACUGUAGACAGUGUUACAUGUACAACAGCACCUGUGAGGCCAAUGCCACCCAAUGCGGUGAAGGGUACUUCAGUUGUGUGGAGUCCUCUGUCAACUCCACUCUAGGAGGGAGCCUCCAUUUAUACCAGAACAAGUUCUGCUCCGAAUUGAAUUGCACCGAGAGUAGCACGAAGGUGGCUUUCACUGUGCAUCUAUUUGAUGACCAAAGAUACCAUUUUGCAAGCCAGUGCUGCCAAGGAAAGGAAUGCAAUGUCACCCACGAUGAAUCUGCCAAGCAGAACUUCACUAACACGCAGUGCAUGUCUUGCUAUGGUAACAACAAAACACUCUGCGAGCAGAAACCCCAGCAGUGUUAUGAAGGAGAACAAUGUGUCCACAUGGUUGCGGAGCUUACAAAUGGCACUGGCAGAGUGGAGCUGAAGGGCUGUUCCGAUAUCAGCAACUCUACUUGUCAAUUACUGUCCAAAGGGAACAUAACAGUUGGAGAGUUCAUUUUCAAGUCGGUUGAAUGCACGGGGUCUACCGAGCUCAACUUGACCACUGUGACCCCACCAGGCAUCAAUACUUCCUCUGCCACCGUUACCCCACCAGGCAAAAACACUUCCUCCACCACCGUUACCCCAUCAGCCAGCAUGGGCAUCAGAGCUUCUUUCACCUCCUCUAUCUUUGGCAGCCUCCUUCUUCUGAAGCUGCUGUUCUGAGGUCCCUGGGCUCUGCUCCAUUCAGUGUCCCAUGGGUGUUAACACCUUUCUAUUCACAUACCUUCCAGUUAAACUAUCCAGUGGGUUGGAAGUCACAGGAUUUUGGGCAAUGCUAGCAGCCACAGUAUCUCCUUUAUUAAAGUGUUGCUAGAGGUUUAGA